AUGUCCUUCCGCAAGAGAAAUUCAGUAAUAUCUGCAUCUCCCUCGUCGCAAGCUGCUGCCCAGAACCGCUCCGGAACCCAGCUUGCGCCUGGCUUGCGCCCAUCUCCUCUGGACGGUCGCAUUACAACUUCCACAGGAACCGCUUCUCUAGACGGCAUCCUCGCAGGCCACGCCGGUCUGCCACUUGGUUCAUCUCUGCUCAUAGAGGAGCAAGGCACAACUGACUUCUCUGGGAACCUGCUCAAGUACUAUGCUGCCGAGGGUCUGGUCCAGGGCCACCAAGUCCACGUGCUGGGUUUUCCCGAAGCCUGGAAGCAUGAACUGCCCGCUGUGUCCACCAAGCAAGAAGGCACCCCUGCAAAGGCGACAGGCCAGGCGGAUGACAAGAUGAAGAUUGCCUGGAGGUAUGAGAGCCUCGCAAGCAGGAAUGCCCCCAGCACUGCUGCAAAUGAUGUAGACAGUUCCAAGGCUGUGUUCUGUCAUGCCUUCGAUUUGACCAAAAGACUGGCCUCGGCUUCCAUCCAAGGCACGCUAUCAGCAACUCCGGCUCCCAAUCGCCAGAGUCUCUCGUUCGAGCCCAAGGAGCAGCCAUCACCUUUCAAAGUGUUCAUCAAGAACUUGCAAGGCAAGCUCCAGAGUUCCCCGUCGUCGACAAUUCACCGCGCUGUCAUACCCAGCCUCCUGUCGCCCACGCUCUACUCUCCCGCUGCCUGCCAGCCUGCUGAGAUGCUUCAAUUCCUUCACGCCUUGAGGGCACUCCUGCGCCAGUAUUGUGGCAAACUGACUGCCCUCAUCACCUUACCAGUUACGCUGUUUCCCCGGAGCAACGGCGUGACGCGUUGGGUGGAACUGCUGUCUGACGGAGUGCUCGAACUGAUACCGCUGCCACCUAGGCUUGGUGCUGCUCCACCAUCAUCCAAGAGUGAAUCAAAGGUCCAAGAGCAGAGUCAGGGCAUACUCAGGGUGCACAGCUUGCCCAUUUUCCAUGAAAAAGGUGGCGGUGGUGCUGAAAACCACGACUUCCGCGAGGACCUUUCGUUCCACCUGAGUGGCACCAAAGGCCUUGUCAUCCAGCCGUAUGUCCUUCCACCCAUGGAAGACGAGCAUCACAAGGAAAAGUCACCAGCAAGCACCGUCAAAGACGGCAUCGACUUCUGA